UUUAUUUCACACGAUACCGAAAUUCAUUGAAAUUUUUAAUGCUUCAUUAAAAAUUUUACCGGUAUAAACUUAUAAGAAAACUAAAUUUUAUUUUUUUGGAAUAAAGUGUAAAAAACCCAUACUUUAAAUUUAAACUUAACUAACGGAAUUUAAUUAAAAAAAAAACUUAACUAAUGGAAAGCCUUUACUAUCAUGGGCUCCUUGAGGCCCAUAUCCUCAAAACCCAAAAGUUAUUUAUCCGGUCCCAUAAGUCCUAUGGGUUAAACGGGUCGGGUUAAGAUGGACAGGUUCGAGUCGGAUUCUGGAUGCGGCGAGCGCAUCCACCUACUGGUCAGACACUCUCAGAACCAGCCAAGCAGCUCCAGCGACUGGCAGCCCAAGAUUUCAAAUUCGCAAAGCAAUCACACAUCAAUCAGAGAAUCAAAACCUGAUUGCGAUUUCAGACUAUACCGACGAAAAGUUGCUUGGAGAUGCCGUCCGAUACGGGUUCUUCUGCCUCCGACCAUGACCUCGACCCCGAGCCUCAAUCUGUUGAAGAACAAUUGGCUUCGGUCACAUUGUCCCUCUCUGAUGGCGAACCAUCGGCGCGUCAAGUAACAGACGGCGUCGUCCUUGAGUCUGUCAAUCAGAACUCUCAGUUUGUAACGCAGGAACAAGUUCAGCGCAAUUCAGGUCCUGCUGAUGAAAUUGGAGAGGUUAGGGAGCCUGCGGACCGCGAUGUAGUAUGGGGGAGGACCGCUUCGGAGCUUGAGAUGGAUGGGUUAUCUAGCCCUAGCAGUAGUGGGUAUGCUGGUGAAAGGGGCAGUAGCAGCGCGACUAGCGGCUCUGGAAUUGAUGACGUUGUUGGACAGGAUGAAAUUGAGGAGAUGAGGAAUGAUGUUAUAGUCGACGAAGUCUCUGAUUCUCACACGUCCUGGCUUCCUGCGAAACGACAUGUGGACGAGGAUGAUGCUUCCAUAUCAUGGAGGAAAAGGAAGAAGCAUUUUUUUAUUCUGAGCAAUUCUGGCAAACCAAUAUAUUCACGAUACGGAGAUGAGCACAAGCUUGCAGGAUUUUCAGCUACCUUGCAAGCAAUAAUUUCAUUUGUAGAGGAUGGGGGUGACCGAGUCAAAUUAUUGAGGGCAGGAAAGCAUCAGGUGGUUUUUCUGGUGAAAGGACCAAUUUACUUAGUUUGCAUCAGCUGCACGGAAGAACCUUAUGAGUCAUUAAAAGGGCAAUUGGAGCUUAUUUAUGAUCAGAUGCUAGUUAUAUUAACAAAGUCAGUGAACAGAUGUUUCGAGAAGAAUCCAAAGUUUGACAUGACACCACUGCUUGGAGGAACAGACAUCGUCUUCUCUUCUCUUAUACAUUCUUUCAGUUGGAAUCCAGCUACGUUUCUCCAUGCCUAUACCUGUCUCCCUCUCGCAUAUGCUACAAGGCAAGCUGCAGGUGCUAUCUUGCAAGAUGUUGCUGAUUCAGGUGUUUUGUUUGCAAUACUAAUGAGCAGGCACAAGGUAGUCAGUCUUGUUGGUGCUCAGAAAGCUUCUCUUCAUCCAGAUGAUAUGCUGCUACUUGCUAAUUUUGUAAUUUCCUCAGAAUCAUUUAGGACGUCAGAAUCAUUUUCUCCAGUUUGCUUGCCAAGAUAUAAUCCUUUUGCAUUUUUGUAUGCCUAUAUCCAUUAUUUUGAUGGUGACACAUACCUGAUGUUGCUAACCACAAGUUCAGAUGUUUAUCAUCUCAAGGAGUGUAGGAUUCGUAUUGAAAUGGUCCUUUUGAAAUCAAAUGUCCUUAGUGAAGUUCAGAGAUCCUUGAUAGAUGGUGGUAUGCACAUUGAGGAUCUGCUUGUUGACCCCUUGACCCAUUCCGAAUCAUCUCCUCAUUUAGGCCAGCACAAGCCGCCAACAGAGUCUCUUGAAAGGUUGAAGGAACCUUAUCUUGGUGUUGGUGGCCCUGCCGGGUUGUGGCAUUUCAUAUAUCGUAGUAUAUAUCUAGAUCAAUAUGUAUCUUCGGAGUUCUCAUCCCCAGUUAACACUCCGCAGCAGCAGAAAAGACUGUACAGAGCUUACCAGAAACUUUUUGCAUCAAUGCAUGAUAGAGGAGUUGGGCCACACAAAACUCAAUUUAGAAGGGAUGAAAACUAUGUUCUUCUUUGUUGGGUAACGCAGGAUUUUGAGCUUUAUGCAGCCUUUGAUCCCCUUGCAGACAAGGCCUCGGCAAUAAAGGCUUGCAAUCGGGUUUGUCAAUGGGUGAAAGACGUCGAGAACGAGAUAUUUUUGCUAGGUUCUAGCCCCUUCUCUUGGUGAUUAGCCACCGGAACUGUAAACAUGUAUUAUAAUUUUUAUUUAAUGAAAUUUCUGCGGAUUUCAUCCCGCCUUUUGUUUCUUUUCGUUAUAUUUUACAGGAAUAAUAAACGUAUGAUGUCAAAAGGAUUCUAAAAGCAGUUCGUCAAUUUGCGAAUGAUUUUCUUUUGUCA